AUGGAGCGAGGCUUUAGCUUUAAGAAGGCGAUCAGAACGAUCUCAGGAUAUAGGACAGUUUCAGGGAAAGCCGCUAUGUUGUUGUCCAGAAUUCCCUCGAUAUAUAUACUUGCGGCCUCUCGUAGAAGAGUUUAUGAACGGAUCAGGGACCUCAGGUUGUCCGAGGAAUGGUCCAAAGAGGAUGAGAGCGAGAUCAAACUGGAGGAGGAAAUAUUGAUGAGACGGCAGUGGGACUUGCACCUGCGAAGUCCGAACUUAGCAGGAACAAGGACCAGGGAGGCCAUACUGCCUAAUUUUCAUGAUUGGUUAAACAGGAGACAUGGCAGUAUGGCGUUCCAUCUGACACAGCUGCUCACGGGUCACGGCUGUUUUGGUACGUACUUGUACAGGAUUAAUAAGGUAGUGAGUCCGACCUGUGAGCACUGCGAUGAGGAAUUAGAAGACUCCGCUGAACAUACCUUGCGAGAAUGUGGAGCAUGGAAGGCGGAGAGGGAAGCCCUUCAGGCUACCAUAGGUUGCGAAUUAUCUUUAGGGACUGUGAUAGGCGAAAUGUGUAGUACAAAGGAAGCGUGGACAGCCAUGACUCACUUCGCUGAAACCGUGAUGCUUAAGAAAGAGGAUGCGGAGAGACGUCGUCAAGAACAGGAGCAGAGAGCUGACGAUAGCGAUCAAUCCGGAUGA